AUGGAUGAUUUCCAAGGACAUAUUGUAGCUGGAACCAGCCCUUUAUUUCUUGUUGACCUAUUUCGAAGGCUCCCCAAGGAAGUUUUUGUUUUUUUUCUGUCACACUUUCAUUCUGAUCAUUAUUCAGGUCUAGGAAGGCAAUGGAGAAGGGGUCCUGUCUGGUGCUCUACUGUAACAGGGAAUCUAAUUGAAAAGAUUCUAGGAGUUCCUUCUAACAUGGUUCUGCGGCUACCGAUGGGCGAACCAGUGAAGGUUCACGGCAUUCAGGUUACUCUCAUCGAUGCGAACCACUGCCCAGGAGCUGUUAUGUUUCUUUUUGAGGGUCCUGGAGUCGGCCGGUGUCUGCACUGCGGCGACUUUCGUUACUGCCCCUCCAUGCUGCAAGCCCUCAAUCCCAAACCAUCAGUGAAGUCUCAAGCCCUAGCACGACUUGAUAGGGUAUACCUGGAUACCACCUACGCUGGAGUAAAGACCUCCUUUCCUCCUCAGGAGGAAGUCCUCAAUGCUGCUCUUCAAAUUGCGCUGGAAAAGGCAGGCAGCAAGGGCACUAUUCGUUUCCUGGUUGGCACCUACACUAUUGGCAAGGAACGAAUCGCACUCCAUUUGGCCCGGAAGUUGGAUAUGCGGAUUUUCGUAACGCAUCAAAGACGGCGAGUGUUCAGCUGUUUGGAGUUUCCGCCCGAGGACUUGGCGUUGUUUGCGGAGUCUCCAGGAGAGGCGCAGGUGGAUUUGGUGCCGAUGCAUGUUUGCGGUUCGACCUUCCCCCCACGAGGGAACUUCGCGGGUAUCCGGCGGCACCUCGAAAACUUGGGGCUUCCUCAAACAACAAAAGUUGUCGGCUUUGUAGGGACGGGCUGGGCGGUUGGUGCAAAGAACAGCUCCGUCCACGACGAAAACCUCAGCAUUUAUUUUCUGCCGUACAGCGAACAUUCCAGUCUCUCUGAGCUUGUCGACUUCGUUAAGGCCUUAAACCCCAAAGAAGUGGUUUGUCCCAACACACACUCCCACGCAUUGAUCCUGUCUUCCCCGUGCGAAGAAACAAUGCGACACGAAAUGCGAGAGCGCGAAAAACGAGGGCGAGACAACGGGGAACAGGAGCAAAAGCCAACACAGAUGGCAGGGCUCACGGCGAAGAUGCAGCAGAGCAGGAGCGAGGGAAGCGAGCAUAAGGCAACAUAUCGAGCACAUGGCCGUGGCCAAACCCAAGUCCUCAGACAAACCUCCAUCACUGCAUUCUUUGAAUCCACAAGCUGUGGCAAGAUUAAAUCGCAGAAGCGACAGGUCAACCAAGCGGAACUCAUAGUCCUUAGCGACUAA